UCUGGCGUCCGCUACUAGCGGUGAAUUAACAUCCGAUGUCAUCGAGGCGGCUCCGAAACCCUACUUUUUCAUUCUCGUGCUGCUGCGGCUUCCUCUCCGAUGCCGGCAGUCUUUUCUGGCGGACUCCGAUCCCAUCGCUUCUUAGACAAUGUUUCUAGGUCACGACAAACCUUCCGCAAAGAUUUACACCUUAAAACAUUGUGAAUGGGCGAAGUAGGAUCUCCUCUCUCUCUCUCUCUCUCUCUCAGGUUUGUACUUCAUUUUCUUUGGAACUGCCAGUGAGCUAUCUUGACCAUCAAAGAAGGCAAAUAAAAAAUAUUUGGUAGGGUUCUUCAGAAUCUAACCUAGAGUUAGAUGCCUUCUUCAAAGUUAGCACGAUGCUUUAGAUGUGGUGAACGUGGGCACAUUGUUGAUGAUUGUAGCUUGGACAAGAAUAUUUGCUUCUUUUGCAAGGAAUCAGGGCAUGUCCAGGAUGAGUGUCCGAGGAAAACUAAACUGAAUGCUAAAAAAAAGCCACGGCUGCGGAGUCAUAGAUCUAGAUCUAAAGAGAAGAUACGAUGCUUCAACUGCCAUGAACGAGGACACUUGUCUAAGGCAUGCCCCUUGGUUGAAGAUAUUUGCAACUUUUGCAAGCAGACAGGGCAUUUGAAGAAGGAUUGUGUGCUGAAGACUCGCAAUGACCAGCAUAGUGCUCAACGAGAGCCAAAACAACAUGAGGAGAGUCAAAGGCAGCAGAGCACCACAACUCAGGGUUUUGCCUUUGCUCAAGAGAAGGAUAUGAGAGUCCAAUAUCCUCAUAAUUUCCACUCAGGGUAUUUACUGCAGCCCCCUUUGGGAUACCAAGGUUUUAUACCUCCUUUGCAUGUGUUAUGGCCUCUACCUGGUCCUGCCUUGCUCCACACGGAGCCUUUUGGCCCAGGCAUCCAUCCUACACCUGUUCCAUUUCCUUCUGAUACACUGCCACCUCUAGAAAUUAUGGAGCAGAAGCUUGCUUCACAACACUGGGAAAUGCAACGACUCACAGCAGAGAACCAAAGAUUUGCUACCGUCCAUUCUUCUUUGAAGCAAGAAUUAACAGAUGCCCAAAAGGAGCUGCAAAGACUGCAAAACCAAAUGGAUGCCGUAAAAACUGGGAAAGAUCAACAAUUAAAAUUGUUCUUGGAUAAGGUUGCAAAGAUGGAAGCUGAUUUGAAAUCUUCUGAAUCUGCGAAAGUGGAGUUGCAACAGGCUCACGCUGAAGCACAAAGCUUGGCAGGGGCAAGACAAGAAUUAAUCUCUCAAGUUCAACAGAUGAAUCAAGAUUUGCAAAGGAGCCGUGGUGAUGACCAGCAAAUUCUAGCAUUGAUGUCUGAACUUGAGGUUCUCAGACAAGAAUACCAGUGUUGCAGAGAAACAUAUGACAAUGAGAGGAAAUUGCGCAUCGGUCAUUAUGAGGCUCUUCAAGCAACAGAGAAGAAUUUUGAUUCAAUGAUUAGGGAAUUAGAAAAACUGCAUGCGGAAUUGUCAAAUGCUGCCAUCAUAGACAAAAGUGCUACCGCUACUUUAGGAGGACAAUUUGGGAUAAAUGCUGAUGCCUACAAGGAAAAUGUUGCAUCUGGAAAAUAUCAUACCAGGCAAAUUCCUUAUGAAGAUAGAUAUGGAAAGGAGCAUGCUGGUGUCGCAGCUCCACAUCCCGAAAGUGCAGCUGGUUUGGUCUCUGCUCAAGCCGUAUACAAUGCCUCCAUUGUCCCAAGGGAUAUCGUUUUGGGAAUUACAGGCAACGAUGGACCUCAAGGCAUUCAUGCAUCUUUAGCCUCUGGAUAUGCUGCUAGAGGGGUUGGUGUGGAUCUGUCAGCCACAGGAAUGACUGCAGCUGCUCGUGAUUCUACACAGGCACCUCCAUCUUAUGGUGCAGCACAGCAAGCAGCAUACGUGACUGGGUGCGAUUACAAAGCACUUUGUGGUGGUAGCAAUGCUCCGAUGCACCCUUGAUGUCUAAAGUGAUGUAUAUUCUUCGUAAUGUGUCUGCUAGACUGUUACCCAAUGCUUUGUGCAUUUGUGAAACUUUACAAAGACCAGAAUGCGCUGCUGUUAGGAGUUUGCCUCUCAUCUUACUCAUCAGUAGUAGCUAGCCCUCAUGACGAAGCAGUAUUUGAGGUUCUUGCUCUUCAUGCCGGCUUGCUGCCUCAGCAUGCGUGCACUGUCAACUUCAUCUAUGUUAAUGCUGUGUUUGGUGUUGACACCACAUUCUGUGAGCUCUUGUCACCCUCACAAGGACCCCACGUUGGGCCCUUCUCCUUGGGCAUUCACUCAACAGAACAAAAUUUAUAUCGUGUUUUUGCAUUUUAUUUGACAUUCCCUCAUUUCCAUGUGGCAAAAUAAAUGUAAUCAUUCCCCGGUCAGUAGAAAUCUAUACUCAUCCCCUCCUUGCA